CCUGUAGUUUCAGGAAACAUACAUACGGGAACAAUAGUGGUAAAUGAACUGCACCCACAUACACAUACACACACACACACAGACACACUCCUUGUCAAAUUCAAUGAUUAACUGCAAAGAUAAAGAGAAGGCAAGUCUGCUUAGACUGCACAGAAGAAGAUUGGAGCUAGAAAUACAGAGGCAUAGGAAAACGACAGGAAAGACAAGUCAAUCCACUUAGCUGCUACUCAUUUUACAUUGCACAAAUCUUUCUUACAUGGAGGAGAGCACUGGACAACCUAGGAAGAUUGAACUAAACGAUGGCACAUACAUGCCACUACUGGGACUUGGAACAUGGAAGCCGGAGACCAUUGGCCCAGAUAUGUGUCAGAGGGCAGUUGAGGCAGCGAUCGCUGCUGGAUUUCGGCAUGUAGACACAGCCUACUGCUACCGGGUUGAGGUGGAGGUGGGGAAGGCUAUCCAGUCCAUGAUACAGCAGGGCAUCAUCAGACGCCAAGACAUGUUUAUAGUCAGCAAACUGUGGUGUACCCAUCAUGCUCCUGAAGACAUUCCUGUUUGCUUAAAUAAAUCUCUAAAUGACCUUCAGAUUGACUACCUGGACCUAUACCUAAUACACUUUCCAGUAGGACUGAAGAAAGUGGGUGAUGAGCUUUUCCCAGAAAAGGAUGGAAAGGUCCUCACAACUGACAUAGACUAUGUCGAUGUGUGGAAGGGAAUGGAAGCGCUGAAAGCCACAGGAAAGGUGAAAAGUAUCGGUGUGUCUAACUUCACAAUUGAGCAACUGGAGAGAUUGCUAUCUGUGGCCAAAAUCCCACCCGCUGUCAAUCAGGUGGAGCUCCAUCCUUACCUGGUUCAGUCUGAUCUGAUUAAGUAUUGUAAAUCCAAAAACAUUGCUUUAACAGCCUACAGUGCAUUUGGCUCACCUGGAAGACCUUUAGAAUAUCAAAGAGGAGAUAUGGAUCCCAUGAUAUUACUGCAAGAUCCUGUCGUUGGGGAUAUUGCCAAAAAGCACAAACGGACCCCUGCGCAGGUUCUGUUGCGGUAUCACGUUCAGCAGGGCAUUGCUGAUCCCAAGAGCAUGAAACCCCACCACAUUUUAGAGAACACCAAGAUCUUUGAUUUCUCUCUGGAUGAAGAGGAUAUGAAUGCUCUCGUGUCUCUGAAUCGAGGCUGGAAAUCCUGCGUCAUAACACAAUUGGAAUCGCAUCCCUUCUACCCCUUCAAGUGAAAUGCUGUUAGUCUUGGAUGACCAAGACGUUCAACUCACCUAGAAAAAAAUGUCCAAGCACUUUUGGAGGCCGGAGUAAAGAAUACACUUUUUCGAUUGAUAUUUUUGAGCUAACAGAUGUCAUUAUUGUAACUUAAUUUGGUUAAAAUAAAGCAUUAAGGCAUACACUAC